AUGGACCACAACCCCGCCGAGAACGACGAGGUCGUGUCUCAGUUCUGUGCCAUGACCGGCACACAACCUGCAGAGGCCCAGGAAUAUCUCAGCGCCAAUGGGUGGGACAUGGAAGCCGCCGUGACCGAGUUCUUCGCCGAGCAGGAUGAGGCCCUACAGGGCAUGAACACUGGGGGCGGCAGACAACUGGGUGCAGAGGGAUCUUCUGGUGCGUCUGCUGGCGGCCGAUCGCUAGGCGGAAAUGCCGCACCGGCUGGGUCCUCCGCCGCCGCCGAGUCUUCGUCUGCCUCGCGCGCACCACCGAAGAAGAAGUUCGCGACAUUGGGAGACUUUGCAUCUGGAGGUAGUGGUGGGAACUCAUCGGACGAAGACGACUCCACGGACCAGGAUUUCUUUGCGGGGGGUGAGAAGUCGGGACUGGCGGUGCAAAAUCCGGACGAUCUGAAGAAGAAGAUUCUUGAGAAAGCACGCCGAGCGCAGCCACCACCGUCAGACGAGCCCGAGGCGCGACGAUCAGCCUUUACAGGCACUGCCCGUACCUUGGGCGGAGACGAAGCCCCCAGCCGAGUGAUCGAAGACACCACCGCGCCUGCGCCACAGCGCGCACAGCGCGUUCAGCGGACCCUCCACUUCUGGGCGGAUGGCUUUUCUGUCGAUGACGGCGAGCUGUAUCGAUCCGACGACCCCCGCAAUGCUGAGAUUCUGGAAGGCAUCCGCCAAGGCCGUGCACCGCUCUCGAUUAUGAACGUGCAACCCGGACAAGAAGUGGACGUGGAUCUGAAGCAGCAUGAAGAGAAAUACGUGAAACCAAAGCCCAAGUACAAACCUUUCUCGGGAGCCGGACAGCGUCUCGGCAGCCCGACACCUGGGGUUCAAACCCAGCAGCCUGCUGCUGCGCCUGCCGCUGCUGCACCGGGACCCUCCACUACAGACGAAGCGCCGAAACCAGAGGUUGAUGAAUCACAGCCGACUUUGACGCUGCAGGUGCGUCUUGGGGAUGGCACGCGUCUGACAUCGCGGUUCAACGCUUCGCAUACCGUGGGAGAUGUCUACGAGUUUGUGACGGCUGCCAGCCCGGAUUCGCAGAUGCGCCCAUGGGUGCUGAUGACGACUUUCCCCAGCAAGGAGCUUGAUGACCGGAGUACUGCGCUGGGCGAUAUGCCUGAGUUCAAGCGCGGAGGUGUUGUGGUGCAGAAGUGGCAGCGACAUGCGAUUGAUAAGCAAGCCCGAUUCCCGAGAGGCGGCUCCCCACUUGAUCUGGAUUUCUUCCUACAUCUCUCUUGUGUCGCGGCCAUUGACUCUCUCAACAUGCCUCUGGACGGAGUCAAAAACGUCGUGCUGGUUCUCUCCGGCAAAGGAGGCGUCGGCAAAUCCUCUGUCACCCUCCAGCUCGCGCUAGCCCUCUCCCUCCAAGGCAAAUCCGUGGGUAUCCUCGACAUCGACCUGACCGGACCCUCGAUCCCGCGCCUCGUCGGCCUCGAAGAUGCGAAGAUCACCCAAGCACCAGGCGGGUGGUUACCGGUCGAUGUGCACCCUCCCUCCUUAUCCUCAACAGACUCACCACAAUCACAAUCACAAGCACAACUACCCCGCGGCUCCCUCCGCUGCAUGUCCCUGGGCUUCCUCCUCCGCGACCGCGGCGACGCAGUCAUCUGGCGCGGCCCCAAAAAGACAGCCAUGAUCCGGCAAUUCCUUUCCGACGUUUAUUGGGGUCCCACCGAUUACCUGCUGAUCGACACGCCACCGGGAACAAGCGACGAGCACAUCGCGCUCGCAGAACAGCUCCUCACCCUCUCCACCGCCGACGCGGCCACCGCGGCCCAGAAUCAGAUCCCCCGCCUCGCCGGCGCGGUGCUGGUCACCACGCCACAGGCGGUUGCGACAUCGGACGUGCGCAAGGAGGCUAACUUCUGCGUGAAGACUAGCAUCCCCGUCCUGGGGGUUAUUGAGAAUAUGUCGGGGUAUGCGUGUCCUUGCUGUGGGGAGUUCGGAGAGUUGGUAGAGGGAAGGAUGGAGGGUGGAGAUAGUGAAGAUGAUGAAGAAGAACAGGGAAAGCAGGUCGUUGAGCAGGAAGAGGAUACGCGCUUACUCGUUGAUCGGUACAAGGAGUGCUGGUCUUAUGCUCGCUUUGAGGAGUUUGCGCGCACGGUAAUAGGUGGUGUGGAGAACACUGCUGGAUCCUAA